UUUCCCACUGUUUUUUUGUUUACAGUUGUGUUUUAUUUUUGCGGUGUUCAAAAAGCUGUGAAAAUUAAGAAAAAUAAAUAAAAAUGUUUGAAGUAGAAUCCAUUGUUGUUGAUCAUAAAGAUGUUAUACACGAUGUGGUAUUUGAUUAUUAUGGACGCCGCAUGGCUACUUGUUCCAGUGACCAGACAGUAAAAAUAUGGGAUGAAAAUGAACAGGGAAAAUGGUCGGUAACCUCUAGUUGGAAGGCACAUUCCGGUUCUAUAUGGCGGGUAUCUUGGGCUCAUCCGGAAUUUGGUCAAGUUUUAGCCUCGUGUUCUUUCGAUCGUACCGCCUCGGUAUGGGAAGAGGUGUUGGGAGAAAAAGUAGCUGCCACCAUGACUCCUGCUAGACGUUGGGUUAAACGUACAGUUCUAGUGGAUUCACGCACCAGUGUUACUGAUGUGGAGUUUGCACCCAAAUAUUUAGGUUUACUAUUGGCUACUGCAUCAGCAGAUGGUGUUAUUCGUAUUUAUGAAGCGCCGGAUAUAAUGAAUUUAAGCAAUUGGCCGGUUCAACAUGAAAUCACAAAUAAAUUGCCUUUAAGCUGUUUGUCUUGGAAUACAUCGACCUAUAAGCUGUCGUCACAAUUGUUAGCGGCUGGAAGUGAUGAAACUGCUACUAUUACCGGCAAAGUUUUUAUAUUUGCCUAUAGUGAAAAUGCCAGAAAGUGUGUUAAAGUGGAUACGAUUAAUGAUAUAACUGAUCCUGUUACAGAUUUGGCUUUUGCUCCAAAUGCUGGUCGUAGUUUCCAUAUGUUGGCAGUGGCCAGCAAAGAUUUAUAUAUUGUUAAUAUACGAGGAGUCGCUGAUGGUUCCGGUAAUUCAAAACUAGAUAUUCAAACAGUUAAGCACACUGACCAUAAUUGUCCCGUUUGGAGGGUUUGUUGGAAUAUGUUAGCAACCAUGUUGAUAUCAACAGGUGAUGAUGGCUGUGUGCGCAUUUGGAAAAUGAACUAUAGCAGAAAAUGGAAAUGCGCGGCAGUUUUGAAAGCUGAAGGUAGUGGUCCUUCCUAUGAGCCGGCUCUUAACUCUCCAACAUUUACCACCUCUGCCGCUGCUACUGCUAAAUAUUAUAAAAAAGGCAUUAUUAGCAAUCCCAAUCAAGUGCCAUGGCAUUAAACAGAAAGAAAACACAAUUUAUUAAAACACCAAAUUUAAUGCACACACAAACACAAAUCAAACAACUUAAGCUACUAACAAAAAAGGGAUGUUUGAAUAAAGUAAGUCUGUUUACGUUAUAAUUUUUUCCUCUUUACAACUCUACAAAUAUAAGUAACUUUUUUGUAAUAAAAACCUAAAUACAGCCUCAAUAUACAA